AUGUCGCUGAGUCGGGUCCUUCGGCUCGGCCGGGCACUGGCACCGGCACGACGGCCGCUAUGGGGAUUAUGGGGACCACGACCGCGUGGCUUCGCCGGAGGUGUGCUGCCUGCCGGAGCCGGAGCCAGUUCGGAAGAGGAGGUACUCCUCUUGCUGCGUGCUGCGGCAUCAGAUGUGGGUGUCAACCCGCUGGAGGUUUAUCAGCCGUGGCUGCUGAUGGACACGCUGCAACAAAGUCUCUUGCUGCUUCACUCAGCCACCGGUGAUGCGGGCGCUGCUGUGGUCGUGGCAGCGCUGCUAACACGGCUUGCUACAGCUCCCUGGAAUGUCAAAUCGCUGAAACGCCGCUGCGAUGCUUUUGUGCUGAUGCCCGUCUACAUGGAGCUGGCGAAAGCCUACACCGACGCGCAGGCGCGGCGGGGCGGGCGCGACGGCGGUGGGGCUGCGGGCGCGGCGAAGGCGGAAGCCGACCUUCAAAAGGCCACCGCGCGCUUCCAGGCCUUCACGGAGGAGACCCGGUUUUCCCCAGUGCAAGGCCUGGGUUACCAGCUCGGUGUCGUGCUGCCCCUAGGCCUGACUUACUUUGGGGCCCUCUACGGCAUCAUGAACCACCCUGAUACCUUUCGAAGCUUCGUGACAUCGUCCAGCCUCUGGAUGGACUCCUUGGUGCUGCCGGAUCCCUAUGGUGUUCUGCCCUGCCUCUCCGCGCUUGCGCUGCUGGCGAACGCCGAGCUCAAUGCCAACCCACCCCAGCCAGGGCAGGAAGAGACGGCGGAGUAUUUCAAAAUGGUCAUGAGGGGGGCGUUUCUGACGUGGGUGCCCUGGACGGCAGGCAGCUUGCCUGCAGCGACUUUUCUCUUCAUUGCCACAAAUGGAUUGUACACAGCUGGCAUCACAUGGUUUUAUCGAAAGUAUUGCUGGACACCGCCAAAGAUCAGCGCAGGCUGGAGACUGCGAUCGUGA